AUGGCAAUUGAAGGGUUCAAAUCUUCUGCUGUAUUUGACGAGAUAAAAACUAGUAUCUCUGAUGAAAAACUCAAAGCAGAGACUGUUAACAAGGUGCAGAUUUGGACCUUGGAUUUGAAAAAAGAAGGUUCUAUUCAAGAGGGAAAAGGUUCUGGUAAAGUCGAUAUCACUAUGGAUAUGGAUGAUGAAACCUUUGUACAAAUAGCUUCAGGAAAAUUAAAUGGUAUGUCUGGAGAAGCAAAACCAAUAACCAUUAAAAAGCUCGCUGAAAAGGCUUCAGAUCAGAGCGUAACGCAAGUGAGCAAAGAGGAAGCAAAAGACCAGGACCUUUCUACUGAAACUGUAAUUGGACCUUUAAAGAAAGAAAGUGAAGUUAUUUAUGAGGUUGAAAAUAAACGUGAAAACAAUAAAACCAAAGAUGCAAAGAUUCAAAUCCCCAAAAAGAAUGCACGUAAAGAAAAACACGAAAUCAUUUACGCGCAAAGGUUUUCGGGCACAAAGAAAUUGGUUGGUGCUCAUGUUAGCGUUUCUGGAGGAAUUCAUAAUGCUAUAAAAUAUAGUUUAGCCCUUGGCGCAAAUGCAUUUGCCCUUUUCCUACGAAAUCAACGUAGAUGGGAUGCUCAACCUCUUAAUCCUGAACAUGUCUCGAUGUUUCGUGAAGGUUGUGAAGAGAAUAUGUAUCCACCUGGUUCUGUGCUACCUCAUGGAAGUUAUCUGAUCAAUCUGGGUAAUCCUGAUCAAGAAAAACGAGAAAAAAGUUAUCAAGCUUUUCUUGAAGAUUUGAAAAGAUGUGAAAUUUUGGAAGAAUCUAUACAACAUAUUGCUAAUUGUAUUAAUAGAGCCCAUAAAGAGACGAAAAGUGUCAUUUGUGUGGUUGAAAAUAUGGGUUAUGAUCUUCGUACAAAGGAAAGAUAUGAAGAAACUAUGUAUGAAUUUUCUCGCCAUGUAGGCUUCCAAUACUUACGAGGAGUGCACUUGAAUGAUUCUCUCAAAGACUUAGGUUCUCGUACCGAUCGGCAUGCAAACAUUGGUAAAGGUUACUUGGGUUUGGAACCUUUUAGAUUGAUUAUGAAUGAUAGUCGUAUGGAUGAAAUACCUUUAAUUCUAGAGACUCCUGUGCCUGAUGAUGACCUUGAAAUUUACGAAAAGGAAAUUGCUCUUUUAUACAGUCUCGUUGGCAAACAGACAUUGGCCGAUGCAAAUCUUCCAAAAAAUUUUGUGAAAGGUCAUGACAUAAUUGAAAUUACAAAUUCAAAAUCAUCGGAAAAAAAGAAAAAGGUCAAGAAAAAUACCAAAGAGAUUGAUGAAUCAAAUGUGACUGUUCCACAAAAAAAAAAGGCUAAAACUAAACUUUUGUUUAAUGCAAGACGUUUGGGUUGUUUGCCUUCUUUACAACUACGAAAGAAAUCUCUUACAAAAUCUACAAAACCACAAAGUCGUUUAUAUUCUCUUGACGUUCAAAAAAAUGAAAAGUUUCAAGAAUUUCAAGAGUUUCAAAAAGAAGCGGAACAAUAUCUUCGUCAAUUUUCAUCGGUUGAAUCUCAAAAAUUUGCCGUAAUAAAAGUUGGUGGUGCUGUUAUUAGUGAUGAAUUAGAUUCACUAGCCUCUUCACUUUCAUUUCUAAACCGUGUUGGCUUAUAUCCAAUUGUAUUACACGGAGGUGGCCCUCAACUUAAUAUAGAAUUAGAUAAAGCUGGCAUACAACCUCAGUAUAAAAAUGGUAUUCGAAUAACCGAUGCAAAAACUCUUGAAAUCGCAAGAUCUAUAUUUGUACAAGAAAAUCUUAAAUUGGUUGAAGCAUUAGAAAAAUUAGGAACUCGCGCACGACCUAUAACGGGUGGUGUAUUCAUCGCUGAUUAUUUGGACCGAGAAAGUUACGGGUUUGUUGGACAAAUUACUGGAAUAAAUAAAAAUGUCGUAAAUGCUAGUAUCAACGCAGGUGCUUUACCUAUCUUGACGAGCUUGGCGGAGACGCCUUCUGGUCAAAUAUUGAAUGUAAAUGCUGAUGUAGCUGCUGGUGAAUUGGCAAAAGUUCUCGAACCUUUAAAAAUUAUUUAUCUUAAUGAAAAAGGUGGUCUCAUAAAUGAAGAGACUAAGAAAAAAAUCGAUGUCAUAAAUCUUGAUGAGGAAUAUGACUAUUAUAUGGCACAAGAAUGGGUCAAAUAUGGAACGCGUUUGAAAUUGAUAGAGAUCAAAGAUCUUCUUGAUCAUCUUCCUCGAUCGUCAUCUGUAGCUAUUACAGCUGUAGGACAGCUCCCGAAAGAGCUGUUCACGGAUAGUGGUGCUGGUACCUUAAUUCGCCGUGGGCACCGUCUCUUUAAGUUCAAUUCAUUUGACGAAAUGGAUAAAAAUAAAUUACAAAAAAUCUUGAGCCCAAAUUCUGAUCUUAUGUCAAAACUCUCCAAAAAAUCUUAUAAAGUCUACAGUGACGAACCUUAUGAUGUUUUGGCGAUUGUUACCAAAGAAAAAACUAAUCCGAAUUCUAUUCCUCUUCUUGAGAAAUUCAUUGCUACAAAAAAUAGCGUAUUAAGUAAUAUAAUUGACAAUAUAUGGAAAAUCAUCCAAAAUGAUAAUCCUCGGUUACUUUGGGCUGUGGAUGAUCGUGAUGAAAAUAAGGCUUGGCACUUUUCUAGAUCAGAUGGUAGCUAUACAAUAAAUGGAAAAACUUUGUUUUGGUAUGGUAUAAAUGUUGAAGAUGUUUCCGCCGCGGUUAAAGAUUUUGCUUCUACGCUAUUCGACACGAAUACUACUCCACCAUCCUCGGGUCGUGCAUUCGCUAAUGUCACCAGAAGUUUCUCCACUUUCGCUCGAUAUAAUCAACAUAAUAAUAAUGCAUUUUCGAUGUCAACUAUAUUACGUCGUCAAUAUGCUACCUCUACAUCAUCGGCAAAAGUUGCUCUUAUUGGUGCACGUGGUUACACUGGCCAAAACUUUGUAUCAUUGUUAAACAAUCAUCCACAUGUUUCAUUAUCUCACGUGUCUUCUCGUGAAUUGGAAGGUCAGGAGCUCUCUGGUUAUUCUAAAGAAAAAAUCAAAUAUGUAAACUUGAAAGCUGAACAAAUGAAAGAUAUGCAAAAAAAUGGUGAAGUUGAUUGUUGGGUCAUGGCUUUGCCAAAUGGUGUAUGUGCGCCAUUUGUACAGGCUGUUAAUGAAGCCAAAGUCGAACAAAGUUUAAUUGUAGAUUUAAGCGCUGAUCAUAGAUUCAACGAUGAAUGGACAUACGGUCUGCCCGAACUUGGUAAUCGUGAAACCUUUCGUAAAUCUACAAAAAUAUCAAAUCCUGGAUGUUAUGCCACUGGAUCUCAACUUUCCAUAGCACCGUUGUUACCAUACAUAUCCGAGACUCCUACCAUUUUUGGUGUAUCUGGAUAUUCUGGUGCUGGAACCAAACCAUCCCCUAAAAAUGAUCCUAAAUUUCUCGAGAAUAAUAUGAUACCAUAUUCUCUCACAGAUCAUAUUCAUGAACGAGAAAUUUCAUAUCAUUUAGGAAGAACCGUAAAUUUCAUCCCACAUGUCGCACCUUUCUUCCAAGGAAUAACUUUGACUGUUAAUAUUCCCCUCUCAAAAACUUUCAAAUCUGCGGAAAUACGAGAGUUAUACGAACAAAAAUAUGCAGAAGAAAAACUCAUCAAAGUUGCAGACGAUGUACCGCUUGUAAAAGAUAUUUCUAAAAAACAUGUUGUGAAAAUUGGUGGAUUCGGUGUACAUUCAUCAGGUAAAAGAGUUGUAAUCAUAACAACUAUUGAUAAUUUAUUGAAGGGUGCUGCUACUCAAGCUUUACAGGUUUGUUGA